GGAAGACUUGGGGCUUCAGACUUCCCCCCUGCGGGGCAGGGCUGAGACUGCCAGGGAAGUGACCUAUGCAGGUCUCUGGUCCUGUGGCGUGACCAUGCAGCUAGGCCUGGUCCUGCGACUGGGCCUGUGCCUAGGGUGUGGUCUGUCGAUGCUGCAGGUUCUUGAACGGCCCUUCAUAGUGCUGUGGAACGUUCCCUCAGCAUCUUGUAACACCCAGUAUGGGGUGCAGCUGCCGCUAGAUUCUCUGGGCAUCAUAGCCAACCAUAAACAGAACUUCCAUGGUCAGAACAUCACCAUCUUCUACAAGAACCAGUUCGGUCUGUAUCCCUACAUAGGACCCGAGGGCAAAGUUCACCAUGGGGGCAUCCCCCAAGCUGUGGCCCUGGACCACCACCUUUCCAAAGCCAGUGCCCAGAUUCAGCACAGGCUGAAACCUGGUUUUUUUGGCCUGGCAGUGCUGGACUGGGAGCAGUGGUAUCCACUCUGGGAUGGAAACUGGGGCCACCGUCAAGUUUAUCAAGAGGCCUCGCUGGCAUGGAUACACAAGUUAUAUCCCCAGUUAGACUCCAAGGAGCUGAUGCUUAAGGCCAAAACAAGCUUUGAGAAGGCGGCACAGUCACUGAUGGAGAUCACCCUGUGGCUGGGCAAGGCACUGAAGCCCCAAGGACACUGGGGCUUCUAUGGCUUCCCAGCUUGCGGCAAUGCCUGGAACAAGGAGGAUUUCGGUUACUCAGGCGAGUGCCACCCCCAAACCAUCGACCGCAACAGCCAGUUGCAGUGGCUCUGGACUGCCUCCACGGCUCUCUUUCCCAGCAUCUACCUCCCAGCCGGUCUGCCACCUACCCACUACCAGGCAUUUGUUCGACACCGUCUGGAGGAGGCCUUCCGUGUGGCCUUUAUUGGACACACACACCCCCUGCCUGUUUUUGCCUAUUCCCGCCUCACACACCGAGACUCUGAAAAGUUCCUCACCCGGGAUGACCUUGUGCAGACCAUGGGUGUGAGUGCAGCACUAGGGGCAGCCGGCGUGGUGCUCUGGGGGGACAUGAACGUCUCCAGUUCUCAGGAGGAAUGCUGGACUCUCUCUGAAUACCUGGUGGACACCCUUGGUCCCUACGUGAUCAACGUGACCAGUGCAGCCAUGGCCUGCAGUCACCAGCUAUGCUUUGGGCAUGGGCGCUGUGUCAGGCGAGAACCAAACCAACUGGAAGCCUUUCUGCAUGUGCUGCCAGAUGGCAGCCCUCAAGCUUGGACAUCCUUCGUCUGCCACUGUUACAAGGGCUGGGAUGGCCCUACCUGCCAGGAUCAAGGGUCUGAACCCGGGUUUAAAGAGGAAUCCUAAAGGCAGGAGUCACCUGCCCCUAUGCCUCCUGUCCCUGCUACCAUUUUCCAGUCCUGGAAGGGAGGGCUCAUUCUUGGCCUUUUCAGCUUACAGUACAUCUCCCCAUGCACACAUCCCACUUGCCAUGGGAUCCCUGGGGGAACGGGACAGGGUGGGUGGGGGAAAACCUUUAGGCCCUUUUAGAACCUUCAGACCAGGAAACAGCUUCAGGGAAGAGAGUGGCUUCCAGUUAGGCUUGCCACAUGCCUACACCUCUGUGAAUCCAUAAAAAGAUCAUAGGAAAGUGUUCAGGGGCAGGUGGGUCCCAAGAUUCUUAGCUGAGGUGUGAAAGUGCCAAGCUGUUGCCUGUAUUCUGCUUUCAUCAUAAAGUCACUUAUUCUUUCACUGCCUGA